AUGCCCACAGCGCACGACGAGUUCUCGCCAGGUGGCCUCAGCAACUCGCGGACGCAAUUCAGCUCGGACAGCUCCAGUGGGCAAAAUGGCUCGUCGCUCUUGCGGAUUCCAUCGGAAUCCGAUUCUGACGACCUGGACCUCAAUGGUGAAACAGGUUUUCAGAGGGGGAUCUCGCCUUGCUCAGCCAACUCUGAAUUCUCAGCGGUGUCCGCCUCCAAGAGGAGGGUCAGCGAGUCCUUGGCUCGAGAUUUCAUUCGGGCGCAAUCGGAGGUUCAGCAGGCCUUGACGAUGAAGCUUCGCAUCAACAGGUUCAGGAACAGUUUGGCAUUGAGCAAUUUUAUGGCCUUGAUCAUCUUUGCAGAUGCGUAUGCCAACUGCUGUGACAUUGAUGCGCGUGCUGCAGGGACGGAGCUGCCUCUCUGGCUCACGAUCAUGUCCGAAGUGUGCCUGGGGAUUUACACUGCGGAGUUCUUGCUGUCUGUCUUCUUUGAUGGUUGGGCCAUGUGCUGUGACAGACUGAAGGUCCUGGAUGCCCUUCUUGUUGCAUGUGGAUACAUAGAGUUGUUGCUGAAUGCACUCUUACCUGGCAACGUCUUUUCAAGCCUAAGUGUCAUAAGGAUACUUCGCUUAGUACGCAUCCUCCGGCUGCUGAAGAUUCUCCGCAAGGUCAAGGCUUUGCGUGAGCUGCAGAAGCUUAUCAAGAUGCUGAACACAUGCUUGAAGGCAUUGUUCUGGUCAUUUUGCUUCUGCUUUCUUGUCAUGACCGUAUGGGCCAUGCUUAUUGUUGAAUCAGUGCACCCGUUCGUGCAAGACUUCCCUGAUGAGUUCUUUAGUGAUUGCAACUACUGCGAGUUUGCGACCUCUUCUGUGAUGCAUGCCAACCUGCUGCUGUUCAAGACGGUGAUUGCGGGUGAUGGCUGGGGAGAGCUUGCCGUUCCCGUCAUUUUGGCAGCGCCCGAAACAUCGAUCGUCUUUAUAGGCGCCUACCUAACGAUCGUUUUCGGCGUGCUCAACCUUAUUGUUGCCGUUGUGGUGGAUCAGUUCGCCGAAGCUCGUGAGCGUGACGUGCUCAACUUGGCCGAAGAGUUGGAUCACGACAUGCGGACUGACAGGACCCGGUUGAAGAAGAUGUUUGACCGCAUUGACAAGGACGGUGAGGGGCAGCUGUCCUUAGAGCAGUUGAUGAGCGGAGCCCGCAACGAUGCCGAGCUUCAGAGCCGAUUGAAAGUCAUGGACAUCGACGAAGGCGACUUGCAUGAACUCUUCCAGAUGAUUGACGUGGAUGGUUCGGGUACGAUUGAGCUGGAAGAGUUCAUACGACCCCUCAGCCGGUGGGUGCACGAUUCCAAGACAGCGCCGAGGUUCAUCAAGUACAACCUCCUGCGUACGAUGCACCAGCAAGAAGAGCUGCACAAACAUGUGGAAAUCGGGUUUGUGAACGUGAACUCGAAGAUAGACUCUGUCGCGGCAGACUUGAAGAAAAUUACGCGGCUUUACACGGCCAGCACAAGAUCGGUCUACCGCGCCGGUGAACACAGAGCCGGAGCAGCGUCCAGCGGAGAGGAUUUCGUGGAGCAGCCACAUUCGUCAAAGCCGGUCACUUUGAAGGAGGUCUCGCCAGACGACUCCCUCGAGAUGGCCGUGGAAAGGCUACGAAAGAUUGUACUAAAGUCCACAGAGGCCGCUCUCGAAGGAUCUGCCGCCAUGAUGGAGUCCCUGCUUCGGGAGAGCGUGCGCACGGAGCUGCGCAGAACUGCAUCCGAGGCUUUCCCGUCCAGAGGGCCAUCCAUUGCGCCAUCUAUCCUGACGACGCAAGAAUCGAUGUUUGACAACUCCCUUUCUGCAAAAAUGCCCGAGAGCGGCCCUCGGGAUGGCCCGCAGGGCACCAUCUCGCUCUUCGCGGAUAAGGAUCGUGUGAACCCGCCGCCGUGGCAAGGUGGUAAGGCAGAUGUCGCCAUGUCGGAGCACGUGAACAGACUUGCGGGUUUUGACCGCAGAUGCCAGCUCCUGAAAUACAGCGGGCAGAGGAUCAAUGGACUUGGGGUUACGUCAGGGCGCGGUCGUCAAGUCAUCGCCACGGCGAGAAGUGCUGACAUGAUUCUGAUGGUUCUCGAUGCCACGAAGGAUGAUGCUCAGCGACAGCUACUUACCAAGGAGCUGAACGAUGUCGGCAUCCGCCUCAACAAAGCGCGGCCCAAGAUCUCCGUCACGAAGACGAAGACCGGAGGCUUCAAGUUCAAUGCCACCUGCACGCUCACAGAGGAAGUCUGUGACAGCUUCUGUUGCACUGGCCCCAUUCGCCCACUGUUCCGAUACGGCAAUGGCGGCACUGUGGCGUCAGCGUUCGGCUUCCGAGGCAGGUUCAGCCGUCCCGACAAGAACUCUUCCACAUCUGCAGCAUACGAUGAGUUGGUGAGUUUGACAUCUGCAGACGAAACAACAGAUCACGACGACGUAGGCACAACUGAGGCAACCAAAGCAGCAGGAGCCGCAACCAAGACAGCAGGAGCCACAACCGAUGCAGCAGGAGGCACAACCAAGGCAGCAGGAGCCAUCAGCGAGGCAGCAGGAGCCACAAGCAAGGCAGCAGGAGCCAUCAGGGAGGCAGCAGGAGCCACAACCGAUGCAGCAGGAGGCACAACCAAGGCAGCAGGAGCCAUCAGCGAGGCAGCAGCAGCCGCAACCAAGGCAGUGGGAGAGCCACAAGCAAGGCAGCAGGAGCCACAAGCAAGGCAGCAGCGGCCGCAACCAAAGCAGCAGGAGCCGCAACCAAGGCGGCAGGAGCCACUUCCAGAGCGGAAAGAGGAGGCCGCCCCAGCAAGCCAAGCUAAUUGGCAAGAGGAGCGGGAGCAGCGAUGGAGGCAGGACGCUCAGAGAGCAAAGGAAGAGACCAGGAGACAGAGGUUGAUCUCGGAGGUGACAAGAAUCUCGCAAAUUGACGCCGCGAACUUCAUCCGAUUGCUCGAGUUGAACAUGCACUACAGCCCGAAGGAGCUGGAGCAGCAAAAGCGAGCUCUGGUGCUGUUGUUGCAUCCCGACAAAGCCUCCACCCUUGCGCAGGAUGCAGCCUUGGAGGCGCAGGCUCGAUGCGCCUACGAUGCCGUGUGCAACGCGUACGAGGCGGCCAAGCAACAGCUGUUGCGGCACAGUACAGAUGCGCACACUUGGGAUGCUCGAGCCAGCAUGGCAGCAGAUGCCACCAAAGGAUCGCUGAGAGCAGUGUCCCCAGAGCAGACCCAACGGGCUCGAACCGGAGAUCAGAGGCGCGAUAGGACCCUGAGGACCCUGUACAGACUCAGAGAGCCCAUGAGCGACAGCGACGGCGGUACGGAUGGCAGCGAAGAGAAGGUGAAGUUGCUCAAGCCAAAGCAGCUAGUGCAGCACCAGUUCUUGGCGACGAAGCAGUGCUUCGACGGGACGGGCAGGGUGCUGCCAGAGACUUGGCUGCAUAAUCCGUGGGUGCAGCGGACCUUCGACGGCAUCGGCCGAAUCAAAAGUCUGACCCAGAGUCCUUCAGAUCACACGGACAACAAUCAAGAUCACCUACUCGAAACUCUGGAAGGCUUGAGAAGCAUUCGCUACCGGAGUUUGGAAAAGCCUCCUUGGCUAGAUGGCGAUGGUAAUGUUAUUUGGUCUCCGCUCAGGAUCCGAGUUGCCAACUUCGUGCUUAGCCAGUCUUUCGAGACCGUUAUGGGCAUGAUCAUCGUGGGCAACAUUUGCCUCAUCGUGUUCGAGGCGAACCAAGAUGCCCGCUGCAUACCCGAGUAUGUGGACAGGGGCAGGGAGUGUCCAUACGGCACUGAAUCAAUUGAAUGGUUGUUCUACACCAACCUCACACUGCUUCUGGUUUACUCAGUGGAGUGUUGUAUUCGUUGGUAUGUCGAGCGGACGGGGUUCUUCUGCAACAAGUGGAACAUGAUUGACUUGGUUACAGUACUGCUGGGAUGGGUGAGCAUGGUUCUGGCCUCUGUGGUCAAUCUCAGCAUUCUUCGACUCAGCCGGCUGAUCCGUGUGCUCAGGGCCAUCCGAGUCUUCAUCUCCAUACCGGAGUUCUACUUGCUUGUGACGGGUCUCUACUCAUCCAUCAAGGCCAUCUUCUUCGGAGCCAUGAUGCUGCUCUUCGUCAUCGUCUUCUGGGCCAUUGUUGCUGUGGAGAUCCUGCAUCCUGUCAUGGCGCGCAUGGAUUGGCAACGCUUGGAUUGUCCGGACUGCAUGUAUCGCUUCUCGGAUGUUUUCAGUGCCGGGGUGACGUUGUUUCAGCAGAUCGUGGCUGGCGACUCUUGGGGCGAGCUGUCCUUGCCGCUCAUUGCGGAGAACCCCUGGAUAUCCGUGAUGCUCUUUGCCAUCAUGAUGACCAUCUCACUAGGCGUCAUGAACUUGAUCCUAGCUGUCAUCGUAGAAAGAGCUACCGAAGCCAGAGAAAAUGACCAGGAGCAACGCAUCAAGAAAAAGGAGGAAGAGCGUGCCAAAAACAUGGUCGAGUUGGCUGUUCUCUGCGCCAACUUGGAUAAGGACGAGAGUGGCACCGUGUCGCUGGAAGAGAUGCAGGAGGGCUAUGACAGCGACAAGAACUUUAAGAUGCUGAUGGACCAGAUGGACAUCAAGAGGGAUGAGAUGGAAGUCAUAUUUCACGUGUUGGACUCCGACAAUAGUGGAAACCUUUCUUAUCUCGAAUUCUGCAAAAACCUCGGAAGCUUUUUCAAGCGCGAUCCCAUCAUCAUGCAUUCCUUGGUCCAGUGCACUGUUCUGGAUGUGAAGAAGCUGAUCCAAAAGGAAGUGGUUUCGGUGAUGAGGGAACAACACGCCGAGAUGAUGCGGGAGCAGCGGAAGCUUCUAGCAGCCUUCGGCCUACUGGCGGGUUCAGAGCCCAGGGACGUUCCGGUGCCUGCACCGAAGCUGCCCGAAAUCGCACUUAGGAGCCGUGCUCCUCUGGAGACGAUGGAGAGGAUACAAGCUGAGCUGGAACCGCUGAUGGCGAAGAUCGAGAGAAUCGCCGAAGUGUUGGACGCGCCAUCUGCGGAGCAAGGCAGACCAGAGGAUCGACCAGGGCUCAGCUUGGAAGCCCUGGCGCGUGAAGAGCAAGGCAACGAAGUCAAGCAAGACGACAGCAGCACGGCUCCACGGAGGAGAUCAGAUCCGGAGGUCGAGGUGCAGUAUGCUGUGAUGUGUGACAGCUUCCAACGACGUGCUGAUGAAGCCGAGAGGCUACAGCGCCGGUUGUACAAUGCUAUCCAGUACCUGAGCGCAGUCGGCGUGGUGACUACGAGCGACGUGUGCCCUGCAUUGCAAGACUCGGCCAAUGAGCUGCAGGAGAGUGAGGAGCUUUCAGCCUUGCGUGCGACGGCUGACGUUUGCAGCUCUGCCUUGGAGUCUGGGGACGCCCAGGCGCUCCGGCGCGCAGUGCAUGCUGGGCGAAGUGUUGCAGAGCGUCUGCACAGCACCGGCACGAGAGCCUCAGGAGCUGAGCAGCCAAAGAAGCUCUGGCUGCAGAGUUGGCGCCCCCGUGUCGACCCGGAUCGGGAAGAUCCUGUGAGCCAGGUCGAACCUCCAAAAGCACCGCUUCCGCCCGUUUCCGCAGGUGCGCCUGAGCCUGAAAAUCAGCAGCUUCAACACAAGAAGGAUCAGGCAGAUGCGAAGGUGCGUGCUGCAGAGCAUUCAGAGGCACUGAGGCUGUACGAGGAGCUCCUGGAAGAGCCCUUGGAGCGGAACCGCGUGGCGGUGCUUUGCAACGCAGCGCUGUGUGCGCUGAAGGUGGCGCCUUCGCAGUGCCGCUGGCCAUGGGUCAAGCACAUGCUGAAGCUCGCUCUGAAGUACAGCAGCGCCGCACUGGAAAUGGAGCCGACCAAUGUGAAGGCACACUUCCGCAGAGGAUGCGCUCUCGAGGCCUUGGAGCGGUUCAGGUGGGACACUUCCGCGGUCAAAUCCUCCACGGGCCACAAGACCUUAGACAAGCCAGAUAGCGUUCUCGACAUGUCGACUUACGGCUGGAGCUAUGCUCCGACAAACCGGGCAACCUGCAAGGGUAAAUGUGGAGAGAAGAUUGCCAAAGGAGCUGUCAGGCUUGGUGUGAGCAGUGAAGUCGGAGACCACACCAUGGUGAGCUACCGCUGCCUCGCAUGUGUGACCGACAAGCAGGUGGCAAACAUCAUCUUAAAGGUGGGAUCCCUUGACAGCGUCGAUGGCUUCGAUGGUCUCGAAGAGGACGACCAAGCAGCCGUGCUGGAGAAGGCCCCCGGCUGUGGUGGGGUGAAGGCCAAGGCCAAGGCCAAAGCUUCGGGCUCCAAGGCGGUACGGAAGGCUGCGGCUAAGCCGAAACCGGAAGCAAAGGCCAGGGCUCCGAAAGGGAAAGCCGCACCGAAGGAGAGGGCAGCUCCUAAAGGGAAAGCCGCCGCGAAAGAGAAGGCAGCUCCGAAGCGGAAGGCCGUUCCUCCAGCUGCCAAGCAGCACGAGUUCCUGGACAAGGCUAAGGAGUAUGACCUGAAGGCGGUAAAGGACAUGUUGGACGAACACCCGGACCUCAUCAAUGUGCAGCCGGCCGGGAGGUGGUCAGCCCUUCACCAGUUUGCAGAGAAGGGUGAUGUGGAGGCCGUGAGGUAUUUGCUGAAGAGGGGUGCCGAUCGGAAUGUCAAGACGAAGGAUGGACAGACGCCAGAAGAAGUGGCCCAUGAAGAUGUGCAAGACAUCUUCAAUGAAGAAGAAGAGGCUGAAGAGGACGAAGAGGAAGCAGAGGAGGAAGAUGAAGAAGCUGAGGCGGAAGAACCCCCCGAAGAGGAAAAGAAGGGAGCCAAGAGGAAAGCACCCGAGAAGCCUCCAGCUUCGCCGAAGAAGGUGGUGAAACCGGCUGAAGCAUCACCAUCUCCAGCGAAAAAGGCCAAGACAUCACGUCCGGUGGAUGCGGCGGUGCCGAAUCGGGAUACCUUCUCGGUGGCUGGCGACUGGUCUGUGCUCUUGAACCAGACGAAUGUUGGUGCCAACAACAACAAAUUCUACAGGAUACAGGUUCUCGAAGACACGAAGUCGAAGUAUUACUGUUGGACCCGCUGGGGACGUGUCGGAGCAACCGGACAGCACAAUCUAAGUCCCUGCCCGAGUGAGGAGUCAGCUCAGGCCAUGUUCAAGUCGAAGUUCAAAGACAAGUCCGGUGUGCACUACGACAUGAAGGACGCCCACGACUGGAAGCCAAUCGUUGGCAAGUACACGCUGGUAGACACGGAGGAGCAAGAGGGAGAAGGAGGCGAGUCAGCGCCUCUUGGCAAGCUCACAGAGAACCAGAUCGAGAAGGGGCAGGAAGUUCUUCAGCGAAUUGAGACUGCCCUGGCAAAAAAGAAUGACAAGCAGCUAGCGGACCUCUCCUCGGAGUACUACACCUUGAUUCCACAUGACUUCGGCUUCAAGGUGCCUCCUGCCAUCAAAACGUCAGCGAUGCUCGAAGCGGAAGAGGAGCUUCUGAAGUUCUAUCUCCGCAUGGGCUUCGAGGAGGUGCAGGCGGAGGACGAUGGACUCCUUCCAAUCAGUGGGGUUAUGUCCCUGCCCCUUCCAAAAGACCUGGAAACGGCUUGUUCUGGAAUCUGCACCGCGGGCAGCAUCAAGAGCUCGAUGGCACGCGGAAAGAAGCACCAGGAGAAGCAAAGCGGUGGUCCUUCGAAGGCGAUGGAAUCCCACCUCUAUGGUGCCAUUAUGUUGUAUACCUCGAAUGCGAUCUACAAGCAGUUGAAUGCAGCUCUGCGAAGUGAGGAUCGGAAUAAGAUCAAAAAAUACAAGCCGUACCUGAGGCUUCUCUUUGAAGCACUGAAUCGCCUGCCACAGCAGACGCGGACUUUGUGGCGGGGUAUUGGUGUAGAUCUCUACGACCAGUAUGCAGUUGGAUCCACCAUCACGUGGUGGGGUGUCAGCAGCUGCACGUCGGACCAGCAGGUGGCCAAGAACUUCAUGAAAGGCUGUGGCAGUGCUUGCACAUUACUCACAGUUAAGACCAAGACAGCCGCUGACAUUUCUGAGAUAACAUUCUACGGGAAUGAGAAGGAGAGUCUGCUUGCCCCGGGAACGCAGCUGAAGGUGGUCAACUCUGUGCGGAAGGGCAAGGUCUCUGAGAUAUCACUGGAAGAAGUCGGCAGAGCAGUGGAUUGA